CCCUCUAUCAUGUUCUGUUGGCUGGAGGAUAACGCCUCAAGGCUUUCCCAACCUCUGCUUCAGUGCAUGAUGGAUGAAGUCCCACCCACCCUCUGCUCUUUCUCCUCCCCUUUACUUAUUUGCCUUUGGUGUAUUUACACUCUCACUAUAUUAAGUUGCAGCAUUCCUUCUCCUUACUCCAUUCCUUGCCUUUGCUCUGUGAAGCUUCCAGCACCCAAUUGUGAUGACUCUGAGUAUUUUACUGCUCUCUAAAAGGAAACUCUGGGGUGAUGCGAGGUUCUUGUGGUAAAUAUAAACUCUAAGGAUUGCCUUUAUGUUGUGUCUUGCUCUAUUUGAUGUACAGUCCUACUUAACUGAAGAACAUAAUGUGCAUGCUCCUCAGCAGAACGUUGCAAUUUUAACACUGCUUGGAGACUUUGCUGUGACUCUACUUUCACAUUCUUUUUUUUUUUUUCCUUUGUUUAACCAAAUCUUUAAUGUCUACCAAAAAAAAAGUGAAGUGUGAUUGGUGCAGAUCACCACUGUGGGUUUUCAUGGCUGGGCUCUUUUAGUCAUUUCCUGAGAGCUCGGUGCAGAGCUGCGACAAUGCAGGAAGCGGCAGCAGGCAUAGUAAGGCUGAGCGUGUCGUUGGAGAGCGGCUUGCUGUAGGUGAGGGCUUGUCCUCCUUGCUGAGAUGUAGGAAUUGCUGGGAUUGACGCUCAGGCUCUUCAGGAAGAACCUCUGCUGUCCUUUGGUCACUGCAGCAAAAAUGAUUUGGGCAUGAAAAUGCUGAGCCGGGAACUACAGCUAUGUGACUUCUGAGUGAUGAGAGAUGCAAGUUAAAAUCUGGAAUUCAAGAGCUGGAAGAUGAGUGCUUUUAAAAAGUAUUACAGUCUCUCUCCCAGGGCCUUUAGGAGGUCUUUGUCGGAACAAGAUGCUGGCACCGCUGCCUUGAAGGACUAUCAUUGGUACCACCAAAUGAGAAGCAAGAAGGUGAGCAAACAAACUUUGGACCCAGAGAAAGCGCUCGGAGCAUACAGGUGGCAAACACAUCCUCGUCUUCCUUGGAGGAUAAGCAAAAGAGCACGUUCUUGCAGCCUUAGAGGGGAAGGUAAUGAUUCGAGUCUUGUCAAAAGUUCUGCAAGCAUGGAUGCUACCAGCGCCGAAGAUUUCCAACAAGAUUCAACAGAGAUGCUUUUCCAGGCAAGGACCAGAUCGCUGCGGGUUCCCUUCAACCGCUCUCUGUCCGAACCCGUGCCGCACUCUGCAAACAGGAAUGCCAAGCCCUUUCUGCAGUCGGUGCGCUCUGUGGAUUGCGAGCAGCACGGCUAUUUUGUCCGUGGCAUCUUCUCAACUCUCUCAAGUGGCUUUUCAAAGAUAAUAAAUCGAAGAGGGGAGCAGCCCCCCAGUGAGCCACUGGAGUGGAGAACAGACGAUAGUCAAAUUGACCCGUGCACAGAUGUAAAAGGACCACCUACGCACAGGCUGUCCUGCGGCCAGUCCCCCUACACCGAGACGACAACAUGGGAGAGGAAGUACUGCAUCCUGACUGACAGCCAGCUGGUGCUGCUCAACAGGGAGAAGGAGGUGCCCAGCGAGGGGUUGCAGGAGCCUCAAGAUGCCACCAAAGGCCGCUGCCUGCGCCGCACGGUGAGCGUGCCCUCCGAGGGCCAGUUCCCAGAGUACCCACCAGAUGGGGCCUCCAAGCUGGAGGUCCCAGCAGAGAGAUCUCCUCGUAGACGGAGCAUCUCCGGGACCAGCACAUCUGAGAAAACCAACUCCAUGGAUGCUGCAAAUACCUCUCCUUUCAAAGUAUCGGGCUUCUUCAGUAAACGUCUGAAAGGGUCCAUCAAGAGGACAAAGAGUCAGUCAAAGCUGGACAGGAACACAAGUUUCCGCCUCCCAUCCCUCCGCAAUGCUGAUGACAGAUCACGUGGGCUGCCAAAGCUGAAGGAGUCCCGCUCCCAUGAGUCCCUGCUGAGCCCCGGCAGCGCAGUGGAGGCCCUGGACCUUGGGGCAGAAGAAAAGGUCUUUGUGAAGCCACUUCACAGCAGCAUCCUUGGACAGGACUUUUGCUUUGAGGUAACCUACUCCAGCGGCAGUAAAUGCUUCAGCUGUUCCUCUGCUGCAGAGAGGGAUAAGUGGAUGGAAAACCUACGCAGAACAGUGCAGCCAAAUAAGGACAACUGCCGCCGAGCUGAAAAUGUGCUCCGUCUCUGGAUCAUUGAGGCAAAGGACCUGGCCCCCAAGAAGAAAUACUUCUGUGAGCUGUGCCUUGAUGACACUCUCUUUGCCCGCACCACCAGCAAAACAAAAGCAGAUAACAUUUUCUGGGGAGAGCACUUUGAGUUCUACGGUCUCCCAGCUCUUCACAGCAUCACGGUUCACAUCUACAAGGAUGUGGAGAAGAAAAAGAAAAAGGACAAAAACAAUUACGUUGGCUUGGUCAACAUUCCCAUGGCCACUGUAACGGGUCGCCAGUUUGUGGAAAAAUGGUACCCAGUCAGCACACCUACACCCAACAAAGGGAAAUCAGGAGGACCUUCCAUUCGCAUCAAGUCGCGUUAUCAGACCAUCACCAUCUUACCCAUGGAGCAAUACAAGGAGUUUGCAGAGUUUGUUACCAGCAACUACACGAUGCUGUGCUCCGUGCUGGAGCCAGUCAUCAGUGUAAGGAAUAAGGAAGAGAUGGCUUGUGCAAUGGUGCACAUUCUUCAGAGCACGGGGAGAGCUAAGGACUUCUUAACAGAUCUGGUGAUGUCUGAGGUCGAUCGCUGUGGGGAACACGACGUCUUGAUCUUCAGGGAGAACACACUUGCUACCAAAGCAAUUGAGGAAUACCUGAAGUUGGUAGGGCAGAAGUAUCUCCACGAUGCUCUAGGGGAGUUUAUCAAGGCUUUGUAUGAGUCAGAUGAAAACUGUGAAGUGGAUCCCAGCAAAUGUUCGUCCAGUGAAUUAACAGACCAUCAGAGCAACCUGAAAAUGUGUUGUGAGCUGGCCUUCUGCAAGAUUAUCAAUUCCUACUGCGUGUUCCCUCGUGAGCUGAAGGAGGUGUUUGCAUCUUGGAAGCAGCAGUGCCUGAGCAGGGGCAAGCAGGACAUCAGCGAGCGGCUGAUCAGUGCCUCCCUGUUCCUCCGCUUCCUGUGCCCUGCCAUCAUGUCUCCCAGCCUCUUCAGCCUCAUGCAGGAAUAUCCCGACGACCGGACGUCACGCACGCUCACACUUAUAGCUAAAGUCAUUCAGAAUCUCGCCAAUUUUGCUAAGUUUGGUAACAAGGAAGAGUACAUGGCUUUCAUGAACGACUUUCUGGAACAUGAGUGGGGGGGAAUGAAGCGAUUUCUCCUGGAGAUCUCUAAUCCAGAUACCAUCUCAAACAUGCCUGGAUUUGAAGGCUAUAUCGACCUGGGCAGAGAGCUCUCAGUUUUGCAUUCCCUCUUAUGGGAGGUUGUGUCCCAACUUGAUAAGGGUGAAAAUUCCUUCCUACAGGCGACCGUGGCAAAACUGGGACCUCUUCCUCGUAUUCUUGCUGACAUCACCAAAUCAAUGACCAACCCUACGCCAAUACAGCAGCAGCUGAGGCGUUUCACUGAGCACAGCUCUAGUCCAAACGUCAGUGGCAGUCUCUCCUCAGGGCUUCAGAAGAUAUUCGAGGACCCCACUGAUGGUGACUUGCAUAAACUGAAGUCUCCAACCCAGGAAAACAUAGAUGGAUAUUUCAGGGGCAAGACCUUGCUGUUGGUUCAGCAGGCGUCCACCCAGAGCAUGACUUACUCGGAUAAGGACGAAAGAGAGAGCAUCUUGCCCAACGGACGUAGCAUCUCCCUCAUGGACCUGCAGGAUCCCCACCCCGCUCACAGCGACCACGCUUCCAUGAUGCACGACGUGCCUUUGCGCUUGGCCGGCAGCCAGCUCUCCAUCACCCAAGUGGCAAACAUCAAACAGCUGUGGGAGACUCAGAGCACGCCCCAAAGCGCUCCCCAGGUGAGGAGGCCGUUGCACCCAGCUUUGAACCAACAGGGCAGCCUCCAGCCUCUGUCAUUCCAGAACCCGGUGUACCACCUCAACAACCCGCCCGCGCCGAUGCCCAAGGCCUCCGUGGACUCCAGCCUGGAGAACCUGAGCACCGCCAGCUCCCGGAGCCGAAGCAACAGCGAAGACUUCAAGCUCAGCGGGCCCAGCAACAGCAGCAUGGAGGACUUCACCAAGCGCAGCACGCAGAGCGAGGACUUCUCUAGGCGGCACACGGUCCCGGAUAAGCACGUCCCCAUCGCCUUGCCCCGCCAGAACAGCAGCAGCCAGGCACAGAUCCGCAAAAUGGACCAGGCUGGGUUAGGGGCCAGGGCCAAAGCGCCGCAGUCGCUGCCGCACAGCGCGUCCCUGCGCAGCACGGGCAGCAUGUCGGCCGUGUCGGGGGCCGUGGUGACUGAGCCCAUCCAGAACGGCAGCCGCUCCCGGCAGCAGUCCUCGUCCUCUAGGGAGAGCCCUGUCCCGAAGGUGAGGGCUAUUCAGAGGCAGCAAACGCAGCAGGUCCAGUCGCCUGUGGACUCAGCCACAAUGUCACCAGUGGAAAGGACAGCAGCGUGGGUCCUCAAUAAUGGGCAGUACGAGGAAGUCGAGGAGGACACAGAGCAGAACCCAGAUGAAGCCAAGCAUGCUGAAAAGUACGAACAAGAGAUAGCAAAACUGAAGGAACGCUUGAAAGUGUCGAGCCGCCGGCUGGAGGAGUACGAGCGGCGGCUCCUGGUGCAGGAGCAGCAAAUGCAGAAGCUGCUGAUGGAGUACAAGUCCAGGCUGGAGGACAGCGAGGAGAGACUGCGCAGGCAACAGGAGGAGAAGGACAGCCAGAUGAAAAGCAUUAUCAGCAGGCUUAUGGCAGUUGAAGAGGAACUGAAGAAAGAUCAUGCAGAGAUGCAAGCUGUCAUCGACGCAAAGCAGAAAAUUAUUGAUGCACAGGUCAUUAAUGGGAAUGAGAUAAUUCAAACAGGCAAGUAAACCCAAUCAGUUCUCUAGCUGAGCAGCACCCAGUCCUGGCCCAGUGCACUGACCUCCUACCCAUUCCAGCUCCUCCCACUCCCUGUGCCCAAUUCCUGAGUGUUAGAUGUGUUGGAUAGGUUGUGUUUUCCUUCGAGUCAGAGGAUGCCUUUACUCACUGAGCUCCUUUUCCAAAUGUAGGUUGCCUACAGUCUGGUACAGAGAGCACUCACCAGUGCCAGAAAAUCACCAGCCUUUCACUUUUAACAAUCUGUAAAGACACUCCUGAGGAAGAAAUUUUGAUUUUGAAGUACAUAUUCCAGGUGCUUACUGGAAUAAUAUUUAUAUUGGAAAUUUAGUCCGAGGAGGAGAAGCUUUAACUUGCUGAAGAACACAUCUCUGCAAAGGCAGCUGUUUUUUUCACAGGAUUUAUUUUGGCAUGGUGGAAAGGUUAAGGCCCUCAUCUCCUCCAUGCCAGUGCUCCCAGCUCAGGAGAAGCAGCAGGGUGCUGGGGUGGGCUGCAGCCUGCCUUCCUGUUUAUUGACUUCUGCCUCCUCCUCCAUUUGCUCUGCAGUACAGAGAUUGGUCUCUCCAGGGCUGCAGUGUAAGCAGUAGUUACGUUCUGCUUUGUUCUUGCACCCAACCAUUCACCCCUGUGGGGAGGCCCCUUGAGAAAAGCAGGCACGAUGCUGGGAUGACAAUCUCAAGGGGCUGUCUGUAGCACCUACAUCCCCUCAGCCGUUUGCCUGAACUGUCCCUUAAUGUUUGUGCCUCCUGUACAUCAUUUUCCUUCCAUUUUGUUUCUCAAUGGGCUGGACAGAGAAGAGUUCCUACAUGCUACUUUUUUCAUUCAAGUAAGUUAGUCAUUUUUCCUUCUCAGAAUGAAAAACGCAGUCGGCUGGUAGCAUGGACAGCAUGUGGGCCUGCUGCCAUCUCUGCUGCUGCUCUGUGUGGUUGCAUUUUUAAAUUUAUUUUUUUAGAGAAGAUGAAAACUGCCAUUUCUAAUUGCACCAGCAGCUCUUUAGCUUGUCCCUUUAGUGCUGCAUCCCACUGCAUCUAAUCUAGGCUGGGUUUUGCCGAUGAGUUUUUAGGGUUUCUUCUGAUAAAUUCAGUAUAUGUCCUUCAGCUCUGUGACUCCUCUUGCUAAAGGCAGAGGGUGGAAGAACCAAAACUGGGAUGUGGGAACCCAGAAUUGAGUAGAGCCCGGGAGCCACUCCGAGCUGGAAUGGGUCUAGGAGCAGUGUGUGUUCAGUGUUUGUUCUUUGUGUUCUGUCCAUGGCAUCUCCCCCUCCACCCACACUGCCCUCUUUCUCCUUCACCUCAAGUAACCCCUUAGUUGUAGCUUUUGGCUGCUUCUCUGUGUUGCUAUUGCACCCUCACUCCUGCUGAUGACUGCAGGCUGCCAUCAUUUGCUUUUUGUCUUUUUUUUUUUUUUCCAUUUAAUUUCAAACAUACCAUCGGUUUAUUCUGAGCACACUCCAUCCCAACGACAGAGACGAUGGCCAUUAGAUACCACCCGCACUUUUCUCUGCCGGAUGAAACCACCACUUUUAUUUUCUGCUGCCUGUUUCUGUUUUUUCUAACCCAUUAAAAGGAAAUAUUGGCUAUUGUUAUUAACGCCAGCACCCGUGCCCCCCUUCUCCCCCUUCCAUGGCAAAACGCUGCAUUUCCAUCUGCCUCGGCUGGAGGCUGUCUGGAGAGAGCUCACCACGUAACUCCGACUCACCAUCACUUCCUCCAUCAUGCCUAAGGCCAGGAGGGCCCGACGGGCACAGCCCGCGAGGCCACGCCACCCCAAGAAAACAGAAAGAGGCAGACAUCCCAUCAUACCACAGAACAUUAGCUGAGCUGCCUCGGCCUAGAAAUCAUCCGGACACACUGUCUCGGCCCCAGGUCCUGGAAAAGGCCCGUAACGCAGGUUGUGGGGCAAAGGCUGUUUGUUUGUUUGUGAGCUGACACUGUUGGCUGUUU